AUGACUGAAAAAAAUUCACAUGCCAUUGAACUUGAUGAUCAUCAUUUGAAUGAAAAUGAAUUCGAAUAUACAGCUGUUAUUGUUGGACGAGAUCUAUCAUCAUAUUUAAUCGCUCUUAUACUUAAACAGCAUGGUCAUGAAGUAGCUAUUGUCAGUCGAUCGGAAGCACCAGUUAUGACAGAUUUGUGUGAAUAUGUGUCACUUAAAUAUUUGUAUGAAGCUGCACGAAGAAUUCACUCUGUUCAUUCUCUUUUUGCAAAAGGUUUACAAAUCAAAUUUGAUAACAUGACAACUGAUUUGAAUUGGCAACAAUUAACAAAUGAGUGUAAAGAAGAAGUUCUUCAAAGAAAACAAAAUUUAGAAAAAGAAAUUAGUGAAAAAAAUAUCGUUGUAUAUGAAGGUACAAUAGUUAUGGUUGAAGAUUAUAUUGUACGCAUCAUAAAUGAAGAGGAAUCAAUUCAAAUUGCUGUCUUACGAACAAAACAUGUUAUUAUGGGUAGUGAUAACUGUCGUUAUAUGAUUAAAGAUUAUUCAAAUAAACAUUCUCGAAAUACAACAUUAAAAACUGUAGCUGAUAUUAUUAAUUUAGAUCAAAUUCCACAGAGUUUCGCUGUCGUUGGUGGUGGUACACUUGGCUUAUCAGUAGCAUCUUGUAUGAAAGAAUUAGGCUCUAUUCAUGUAACUGUUAUUGAAAAGCAAGCGCAUUGUCUAAUGGAUAUGAAUGAUAUGGAUAGAGAAAUAGCGGCUUAUAUUGAGUCGAUUCUUGUUCAACAACAAAUUAAUAUUAUUACGAAAUGUGUUGCUAAUUAUGUUAGUGAAACUGCAAUUCAUUCUAUUACUGAUCCAAUAAAAACAGACUAUCGAUUUGUGACUAUUGGUAGUCGACGAAAACUAAUUUCAGUACACAACACUCCAACAGCAGCUAUUAUUCAUUUAAUUGAACGUGUUUCAUUUGGUCGUAAAAUUCAAAUCGGAACAAUUGUUGAUAAUGGCAAAGGAGAAAGAAUAGUUGUACCGUUGACACCAAUUUGCCAUAUUGAUUAUCAACGAGUGAAAAGUAUAUGUUCGAUAGAACAAGGCGUGAGCAUUGCCUAUCGAACGAUUUGUAAAUGUUUGAAUAGUUCGGCACCUAAUUUUAUUAUGCCUUCGUUUAUUUACACGAUACCAUCAUUACUGCUAAUUGGCCAAACACAUACACCAGCCGAUAGUAUGUUUGUUUGUCGAGUAAAUGUUUCACCUACUAUGAAAUAUGCUAUUGAUACACCUCCACGAGGCUUUGGUAAAUUGUGGAUAUCUCGAAUACGUAAAACUCUAUGUGGUGUUCAGCUGGUAAGUGAACACAAUAUAAUGUUUGGUAGAGCAUUCGGUAUUCUCAUUCGUAAUCAAAUAUGCUUGAUUGACGUAUGUAGUCGAAUUGAACUACCUGGGUCUAUUGGUGAAGUUGUUCAAUUAAUGAUUAAACAAGCUCUCUUGGAUUUAAAUAAAAACUGUCAUAAAUCUUAA